AACCGAGGUCUCCCGCCGACUGCUCUUUUCAAUCAUCCUACUGCUUGUCACUUAGAAUUCCCGCCUAUUUAUCACUGUUGUAUCAAGAUCACAAUGCGUGCCUCGAUUGCUAUUCUUCUUGCAAGCUUCCAUGUGCUUGUUAGCGCAGACAGUCACGAUUUUGGGGCUUGCCAAGUGCGAACAGAUGGUCCCAUUGAUCAUGCUGCUACUGUGCGUGUAGCCGCGAAUUGCAACAACAACUAUAUUCCAGGACCGGCUGGAUGGGGUCUUUCAGAUGAGACUGCUAUCUGGGCUCGCAGGGAUAGUGGGGCUGGUCCACGAUUCGAAGGCCUCUUCCUCCAAAAUGGCGACCAACACACCGGAGGAAUCGAUGGCGAUACACUUCAUAGACUCUGCAGAGAAGCUGGAGCGGGAGAUAGCUCGGCGUUCAGUUGCAACAGGUAUCAAAUCAAUUCGGACAACAGGGUUCACUGCGUACAGUAGCUCUAUUUUCCAGUAAGCCGAAGGCUGGAGCAUGGCUUGCCGCUGAAUUAGUUCUCGGGCCAAGCCUCUCCUAUGGUCUGAAUCUGGUCAAAACGCGGAAAUUGAUAAAGUCUUAGCAGACUAUCUAUGUAAAUGAGAUCAGGGCCCGGAACUACAUUACGUAGAAAGUCUGUAAAUAUGACUCAGUCAAUCAAUCUGCUAUUAAA